CAUUCCCUUUGGCUCGUUCGGCAAAGGCAGAGCGCCGCGGCAGCAAAAAGCGAAUCAGCCGCCGUCUCUUCUGAAUCGCAUUUUUCCAGCGCUCUUUCUUUACGACCUGGCACGAUCACGACAUAUCUCUGACACCCUGGUCUGCGAGCCAGACAUACAGCUCCAGGAUGGCCGACGUUGAAAUGAAGCCAAAGGCGGCUGACUCGGGAGAGGCGGGUGUUGAGGCCGCUCACACGACCGAUGGGCAGGCGGCGACAAGCGCAGCGCAGACGAAUGACAGCUCAUUCACCGCUUCAUCCUCCUCACCAACAACGAGAGAACAAAGAUCGCGAGAGAGAAAGGGUUCGGGAAGCAUCCUGCGGCCCAAUCGCACACGGGCUCGCAGCACAUCGAGCAGCAUGCUCGUCCGCCUCACCACCCGGUCCAGCAGCAUCUUGGAUCCUUCAGGAGGGACGGGAACAUCCAGUAAUGGUGGAGACGACGACGACACUAGCUCGAAGAAGUCUAAGCAAAAAUACAAGAGUGGAGUCAAUUGGAACGCACUGAGUCCACAGAACGAACCCUUCAUGGGCGAGGACAUCAGCCAAGAGCGAUCCGACGAGGACGUUGCUGAUCCGGAGCUUGAAGAGAUGAGAGCUGUGGGAGGCACUGCAGCGGCCAAGAAGUGGGCUAGACAGAGCAGCAUCGGUGAUCCCAUCUUUGCCUCUUACCUACGCGCAUCGUCCGAGGCCGCCGCCGCUCAGGCUGCUGCCCAGGCCAAGGCUCAGGCUCAGGCCCAUGCCCAAGCUCUCGCUUUCGCUCCAGGUCAAGGCCAAUUUGCUGCUGGAUCGCCAUCGCAGUUCCAUAGCCGACGGAACAGCACAUUGGUGACGCCUAUGCGCUCGAGGGGCGAGCUAACGUCAACUUCUGAUGAAUCGCAAUCACCAGUGAGCGAUGACGUCCUGACCCAGGCAGCGCAACAGGUCCUCGGCCAGGCUCGCGAGGCCGCCGUGGCAGAUGGUGGUAUUCAGGAGCCGGUCGCCGAGACCAAUGGCACUGCUGACGUUACCACCCAAGAGGAAGCAACUACCACGGAUGCGGACAAAGAGUCGGAAGAGGCUGCAGAAGCAGCCGCAAAGGCGAAGCCGGUCAAGCGCAAGACGAUUCUCGGCUUCCCUACGAAGAGCAAGGAGGCCAAGGAGAAGAAGUCGAAAGACAAAAAGAAGGAUAAGGAAUCCAAGAGCAAGGCGUCGAGUCGCAACGCUUCGACGACGGACCUCAAUGCUAUGACGACGACGGCAGAAACAACUACCUCGGCUGGCGACGCGCAACCAGAAAAGCGCCAAUCGACGACCAAUGCGAGCGAGACGGGCACAGUCGGGAGACGAAGGCGAUAUGCGGACACUCGUCAGCUCGAUCUGCUUGCGUCCGAACUGGCUGCUGAGGCCCUUCUGGGACCGCCUUAUGCUGAUGGCACCGCUCACCUCGGUGGCCACAUGACGCCGGAGCCCAGGCGAGCGUCAAUGAUGAGCGUUAUGGCGAUGAGCGGCGCCACAGGCAUGAGCACGCCGAGCAAUGCCAGCCACGCCGAUCUGAGCAGCACAAGCCCCCAUCUCAAUGGUGGCCUGUCGCCUCUGACGACGCUUCCGCCCCCGCAGCCAGCUUUCUACGCCGAAAGUCAUCGAAACAGCGGAUCUAGCGCUUCUUCGCCCUACAGCGCAAGUCCUCGAAGUGGAAAUGGCGAGCUGCCUCGCUUUGAGCCGCCGCGAUCGGCUUUUGCAAAGUCUCAGCAAUCACUUUCGAUGCCCAACUCACCCUUUGCCACACAGCAAGCCAAGCUCAAUGGUCUGCCUUCAGACAUGCUCGUCGGCCUUGGCGAUGGUCCAUUCCCUACGCUGGCCCCACGCUUCUCCGAAACGGGAGGCAUGGAUCCUUUUGGCAUUCCCAUCGCAAACGACGGGCCCUAUGACGUGAGCACCUCCUACCAGAAUCGGACCAAUGUCUACCACUCGCCAAAUCAGGUUCGAAGCCGAGGAGCCUCGACGAGCAGCACUCCAGCUCAUACGGGUUCCUCAUCCAAUGGCACAACGACACCGAAGAGGAGUGUCUUGCAAAUGUCGAUGCACAAUCCGGAGACGGAGUUGCAAGGCCUCACGAAGCCGCCCAAGAACAAGUCUUCGACAUUCGGGAGCCGCGGGCCCAGUCGACAAGUGACGCCGAGCCCUUCGAUGAAUGCGCUCAAAGAUGCGAGCAAGGAGAAGAGAAGCAGCAGGGAGCAGACUUCGCCACCGCCUGCCAAUUCGGCAUUAUUGGCUUCUGCUGCGACAGCAGCGGCGGCUUCGAGAGCCCCACCUUCCGAAGCGGAAAAGGCCAAGGUAGCGCCAGCAGCAGUAGCAGCACAGCCACCACCCCCGCAGCAACAACAAUUGCAACAAGGACGACAGCAACAGCCGCAGCAGCAAGCGUCAAAUCCUCCCUCGACUCUGCCGAAAGCAGAGACAAAGGAUCGUUCGUCCUCGCGCAAGUCGAUCUUCGGCAUGAUGAAAUCAAAGGACACAAAGGAGGUGGAUUCAAAGAAGGACACAUAUUCCGUCAAUCCGGUGUCACAGCAAAGUCAGUCGCAGCAAAGCCGGUCUCUGUCGACCAGCAGCGAUAGCGUUCCCUCGAGGCCAGCCAGCAGCCUCCUUGCAACUGGCCGCUCAAAUGCCUCAAAGAGUCAGCAGAGCCUCGUCAAGGUGCCUUCGCCUGCCACUUCUGGUUCCUUCCUCGAGCCCGCUGCCACAACGACCGCAUUUGAGCACUCGACAAACGAGCCGAAACAGCAAUCGACGACUUCUGCAGCUCCAGUCUCUUCGGAAAUUAUGGCCGCUGCUUCCGCUCCUGCUAAGGCCUCCGCUCUUCCUCACCAAGGUACGAAGCCCCCGCCUAAAGCUGCUCCCCCACCCGCGCCAGCUCCUGCGAUCACAGCAAAGAGCAAAACGGAUGCUGCCAGGCCUGUCAAACCUAUCAGAUCUUCGUCAGAGGAAGUGAGCAAAUUGAGCAAGUUCAUGGCCAAGCUCGCUGGCCGCAGCGUCUCUUCGUCCACGAUGCCGACAGCCGGCAAGGUGAGCAAUAAGCCUACUCCAGCACCGCCUCAACCACCUGCCUCUGCUCCAGUACGGACCCGGGCCUACCCUGCAAGGGAACAGACGUCAUCUCAGCCCGCGCCGAUAUAUGCGCAGAUGACGAGCCGACAAAGCCAAUCACAGACACCGUCGCCCCAAGAAUCUUCGUCUUAUCACAGUGUGUCGCCAGAACAGGCUUCGAAAGCGGACUCAGAAGCGCAGAGCAACGACUCUACCAAGGUACCCAAGAACUUUGCAGAGGUAGGUGUCCUCGCUCGUCGAUCUCAACAUUGUUUCUAACUUGCUGAGUCGCAACUUCAUCCUCUCUUUUCACCGAACUGCGUCCCCUUUCCGUAUCUCUUGUGCGAAAAUUGUCUUUCGCAAUCCU